GUGGUAUGAACACUGACCGAGAUUUAUUUUGCGUUCAUUAAUAUUUAUAUUUAAGCCACGGGUAAUAAUUAUCCAGUUAAAAUAUAUUAUGUAAUAUGUUAUACUAAUAUAAUAUUGUGCCCUUGAAUUUCUGUGUUAAUCCCAAACAACAUUGUUAUCAAAAAGUGAAAACAAAUGAUAAGUUGUUCAUUUAAAAUGUAGGCACUAAUAUUAUUUAUACCUUGUAUAUUUUAUUCUUACUCAUCAUGUGAGUUUUAAACGAUUACUAUUUGAAAUAUUUCAAUAUGGAAAAGACCUCAGAUACCAUUGUCAAUGAACUGUUCAAAUCUCUGGAUGUCGAAGUGCCGCAUGUAUCGGAAACUGAAAGUAUUUUAUCUGUGUCGUGUGCAAAGUUACCGAAAAUGCAUAAAAAACACAAGAAGUCGAAAAAACACAAAAAGCACAAAAAAAAGUCGAAAAAAUCUAAAAAGAGUAAAAAACGAUCGCACUCAAAGUGCUCCGAAGACAGCGUUGAACUAAAAAUUGACAAAGACAAACUGGAGGAGGUAAAAUCUGGUAUGCCAGUUACGUUAGACGCAGUAUUAGAAACAAUUGUCGUUACAGCUAAUGAAGAGAGUGAAGAAUUCCAAAACAAUUUAUGUAUACCACAGAAAAACAGCUCCGUAGAAGAACCGUCCACGAAACAAACGACAGUUGAUAUAAAAGAUGAUACAACGAACGUUUCAAAUACAAAUUCAGCAACUAUAAACAACAAUAGUAAAAUUGUCAUUAAAGAUUUAAAAGGUAGUAGAGUAUAUCACGAUCUAUUAAACAAGGUUCAUGAAACGGAGAUAUUGGAAGCUGAAAAAUACGAAGAAGUACAAUCUAGCUCAUGUGGAAUGGAUAUUAAUAUAAAAAUUAAAAAAGGAAAACACAAAUCUCAUAAAUCUAAAAAAAAAAAAAGAUCUCGAAGUAGGGACAGAUCAAGAAGUUCAAAACGGCCUAAGAGAGAUAGAUCUCAUUCACGUAACAGAAAAAGAUCAAGGAGUCCUGUAUUGAGUCACAAGAAUGAUCAUGUUCAUAAUGACUUUAAUGGGAACUCCUCAUCGAAACAUGAUAGUCAUAGAAAUCACCAACACCGAUCUAGAUCGCGAGAUAAAAACAGUUCCAAUUCAAGGGGUAAAAAAGAAAACCGUAGUAGAUCACAAGAUAAAUUCGAAGCAAGUAAAUCAACAAAACGUUCAAGAACACCUGACUACGACACAAAAGAAAAGAUAUCUCGGUUCAGUAGAUCCAGGGAGUAUGAAAAAACUAGAAGGCGAUCUCGAUCUAAAGAUCUCUCCAGUAAAUCGAAAAGACAUAGAUCUCCAUCAUGUGAAAAAAUUGACAAAAAAAAAUUAUUUAAAAUAGCACGAAAAAAUGCUUUAUCGCUAGUUCAACAAGGCAUGUUGCCCGUAGGCAGUGUAAAGAAAGAAACUUUAGCCAAUAUACCUACAAAAUCAGUUGAUGAAUUGACAGAUUUUUGUCGAAAACUAUCGAAAAAAGAAAAAGACCAUGAAAAUGAAUCGUCGUCUUCAAUGUCCGAGGACGAGACCAAACAGCCCUUCCACCAUCCGUUCUUAGUAAAAGAUAGGCCCAACAUAGUGUUAAAUAUCAGGAAUUCAACACAGUUGCCCGUAAAGUCAUUCCAAGAGAAAACGGUUGGACAAGACAUGUUGAGGCUGCAGUUCCCUGUGUCAAGUGGUCAGACUCAUAGUUUGGCCGUUAACGAGUGGAUGCCAAUAGGUGCUGAAGAAUCGGCUAAAUUAAACAAAAUUUCUCGACCCAGUGAAAUCGCAAAACCUAAUAAAACUCCUAAUCAGCUUGUUCCACUCAAAGUUGUUACGGUUGAACCAGUUCAACAAACCAGUUCAAUUCAAACUGCUGUUACUAGUCCGAAAAAUGACUCGGCACCCAUUGUGCCUCAACAGUAUCCUGCAAUCUGUGAACCUACACCAAUUUCUAAAAAUCUUUAUGCUAACAGUGGCUAUUCGAUGCUCUCCUAUGAAACUGGCCAGUUCACUGGGCAUACAGGAGCGAAAAUUCUCACCCCAGCUGAACUAGCUACAGGUUAUCAACCGUGGGUAAAAAAGGAUCAACUAAAAAAUACUGCUCCAGUAAAUAGCGGUAUGGGAAUGCAUUUAUUACAGAAAAUGGGCUGGAAACCCGGAGAAGGUCUGGGAAAAAAUCAAUCCGGAUCGCUGGAACCACUUUUAUUAGAUGUCAAAAUGGAUAAAAAAGGGCUUGUUAGCGCCGAAGAAGAAAAUCGGACGGCUCAAGCAUACCGCGCUAGUAAAAGAUUCCCAAAAAAAAGUGCAGCACCCGUGCUUUCACUUGAAGAAAAACAUCCAGUGUCUUUGCUCAAUGAAUUUUGUGCAAAGCGUAAAUGGGACGUUCCGAAGUUUGACACUGUCGACGAGUCGGGACCUAGUCAUAGAAAAUCAUUUGUCAUGGCCGCAAUUGUGAACGGUGUUAAAUACUGUUCGUCGAGAUGUCAAACGAAAAAAUUAGCAAAAUUAGAUGCGGCCAAAGUGUGUUUAAAAGAAAUUGGACUGCUCACUUGAGAUUUUAGUUAUUUAUGAAUUUGUUAAAAGUGUUUGAUUAUUUAAUAUAUCUAUUUAAUUAUAGAGAA